AUGUCUCCACUCAGUGAAGAAUUCUUGAAUUUUCAGUCUGCAUUCGACAGUCUGCGUGAACCCGAACAGAAGGUCGAGCAAGAAUCUGGCCAAACUCCACUCCCACUCCAAAACGUGCUUUCAAAUUCUCGAGUUCAAUUCAAACCCAUGCUAUCUGAUGAUCUUUGCACUCAAGUCAACUUACCAAGGGUCGGUCCCAAGCUAAGGAACAAAUGGGUGAUCUGGUCACUAGGACCUAUCAUUUUAUUAUGUGCUUGGUUGAUGACACAGACCACGAGUACCAAGAGGGAGUCCUCCACGACCGCGGAGACAAUCUUUGAUGUAAGAUCUCAGCUGAAAGGAGUCAGCUUUGGUUCUUCGGAUGGCAGUCAUCACGCAAAUCACCACGCAAAUUCUAUUUCAAUCACAAUUCUCGACUCUAUAAAGGACCUUCAAGAUCAUGCGAGUCUUUCCCCACUCGACUCAUCCCUGCCACAGGAAGUUUCUAACGUCUUAGAGAGUCAACCCAACGUCCAAAACUCCACUGUUACCGCGAAACAUCUUCGAGAUCUUACUGCUUUGAUUGAGUGCGUUUACGACUCUUUGCGCCAGCUGGAUGGAAGAGGUGCCACUGAAAUACGGGUUCUGAUGGAGGAGGUUAGCAAUUCCAACUAUAUCACGAUGUACGGCUUUGUUAACUCCUAA